UCCAAAAUAUCAGAAAGGAGCUCAAGAAACUUGGGGUCUGCUGUUCACCUUCCUCUGACACCAAGAGCCUUGCCAUGGGCAUCCUGGCUAACGAUCUUGGUGCUCCUGAUCGAUCCCAAGGCAAGCUGAGGUUCUCACUUCUCUACAACAAGAAACAGCUUGAAUUAAUCUUGACGGUCACAGGGGCUCUAGGCCUCCCUAGACUUGAAUACAGCAAUACCUUUGUUCAGGUCCGGCUGCUAAGCCAGGCCACCUCCUCUUCCUCAGAUCUCCAGCACAUUGUCCACGAAUGGCAGACUCAGGUGGUGAAGACCGACAGCAGCCCCACCUUUGGAGACCAAUUUGCUUGCACUCUGCAGGAGGCUGAUUUGACAAAGAGCAGCAUCAAGUUAGAGGUGAAAUGUUUUGACAAAUAUUCUCGCCACAUACCACUUGGAGAAGUCAGGGUCGCAUUGAAUACCCUAAAGGCCUUUGAAAGCAUGGAAUUCUGCAGAGAGCUACAGAAAGCAACCAAGGAUACUGUUGGGGAAGUGCUUGUCUCACUCAAGUGUCUUCCUAUCUCCCAAAGAAUUGAAAUUGGCUUACUGAAAGUUAAAACUACUUUCCUAUGUAACAAUGCAGAGAAGCGUAUAUAUGCCAGGAUUGAUGUCUUCUGCAACCUCCAUAAGCAGAAGCACCAGAAAUCCAAGCCCAAGACUCUUGCAUCAAUGACUGUUUUCAAUGAAACCUUUUUCUUCCAUCUGCCUGAGCCAGUAGUCUGGGACUGUGCUGUUCUUAUUUCAAUUUAUGAGAUGCAUCCCAAGAGCAGGCAGCUUGUUGGGCAGGCGGCCUUGGGGAAGGGGGAAUCUGACAACACCAGUGAUCACUGGGAGCGCAUGAUGCGGUCCAUCCAGCAGCCUGUAGCCAAGUGGCAUCCCUUGGUCAUUUAAAAAAAAAUCAAGGACAAUUUUGCAGUGGCAAAGAGGUGAAAUGGUAUCCCUCCUUCAUACCAGAUGUGCCUCCCGCAGCACUCAAAAUGAGUGAAGCGGAAAUGAAUAAUGGCUGGAAAUGCUUGGUCAGGCAGAGCCGCUAUCCUUGAAGCACUCAUUUCAUGAGUGAUUCAUUCCCACAGGUGUUUGUUACCAUAUUGUUUUGCAUUAUGCUUUGCGCUGUGAUUUUUGUGGCUGAAAUUGGGAGGUAAACAGCCAUUUUAUGUAGCCAAGAUCCUGGUUUUUUAAAACUACAGCAAAUGGCAGAUCAUGGUGAAAUAGUUUUGAUGCACUUUCUUCAACAUGACCUGGUCUGCAGAUGGGAAGAGGCAAAAAUGUAAAUGUUUGGAAAGUGUCAAAAAUGUGUGUGUGUAUGCACACGUGUGUGUGCACAUGUAUGUGGAGGCAUGUCUUUUUUUAAAAGGAGACUUUUGGAAACAUGAAAAUGCAAUGCUAACACUUUUUACAGGUUGAAAGUUACUUCGUUAUUUAGGAGCAUAACAUCCAUCAUAUAUAUCAUUGGCAUAAAAUUGACAAAUGUUAUAUAUAAAAAUCAUACGUCACUUACUUUAAUGUUGUUAUUUCUUCUUACAAAUGGAGCUACAACAUCCUGAAUUCUAAGAAACCUCUUUAGUUUACCAGUCUGAGGAGCAGGGAAAAAAAUAAAGCAAACCAAUAAAAAUGGAACAAAGCAUCAACAUUAGUAAAAUAGAGAAAAUGAUCUCAUCACUAGUUCUGCAGAGUGAAGCAGACAUAACACAUCCAUCCACAUGAAAAGAUCUGAGAUAAGGAGAUUAAGAACAAUAAUUAUCUGAUGUUAUACACUUACACCAAGCCUUCUUACUUAAUAGUUGCAAAUGAUUUUGGGGCAGUAAAUAUGUAAACAUAGUAUCUAAAACUUUUCUUAUUCUAAAAUAAACUAUUCUUUUAAAAAGUG